CGAGAUUUGCCAGGUCGUACUUAGUUUUGGAAGGCGUAGUUAGUUAAGACCCUGAAAAUAUGGAUUCCACUGGUUCUUCGUUGUUGCAGAGAAAUCUUUGUUGAUCUCGACGUGUUCACUGUUAUGACGCAACCAUUGGCCUAGUUCGCCAUUGUCUGUCUCUGCUAAGAUCGAGCUAGAGUAAACAAAGAACUAAGUCCAUAUUUGAAAAGGUCACCAUGUCGUCUCCCAGUGCUGGUAAACGUCGCAUGGACACUGAUGUGAUCAAGCUAAUUGAAAGCAAACACGAAGUUACCAUUCUUGGUGGAUUGAAUGAAUUUUGUGUCAAAUUUUAUGGGCCAAGGGGUACUCCAUAUGAAGGGGGUCUAUGGAAGGUGAGAGUGCAUCUUCCAGAGCACUAUCCGUUUAAGUCACCUUCCAUCGGCUUUAUGAACAAAGUGUACCACCCUAAUAUUGAUGAGGUGUCUGGUACUGUGUGCUUGGAUGUCAUCAAUCAAGCUUGGACAGCUCUAUAUGAUCUGUCAAACAUCUUUGAGUCUUUUUUGCCUCAGCUAUUGGCAUACCCAAAUCCCAUUGAUCCUCUAAAUGGUGAUGCUGCUGCUAUGUUUUUGCAUAAACCAGAAGAGUAUCGGAAGAAAGUGCAGGAGUAUGUUCGCAAGUAUGCAACUGAGGAAGCACUGAAAGAGCAAGAACAGGAGGGAGUUUCUUCAGACAGUGAAUCCUCCCUCUCUGACUUCAGUGAAGAUGAAGUACAGGACAUGGAGUUAUAACAGGAUAUUGUCCUUCCCCACUCAACAUUUUCUUGUGAUAUUGAUUGUGACGUGAAAUUCUAUAUUUUAAGAUGAGCCUUUACUGUGAUGCCCUAAUGUUGUGAAGUAAGAACAACAGAAAGCAAAUGGUGAUGUGAACUUGCUUUCCCAUGCUCCACACACACAAUGGCUGGUGGGACAAAAAGGAGAAAACAUAGUUUAUUUAUCUCCUAUAUCUUUUUGAUCUACAAAGGCAAGCCCACAUUAAAGCAUUUUGAAAAAUUAAUUAUUAUAUAACAUGGUAAUCAUCUAAGCAUUCAUAGUUCUUUUGUUAUUUAUAAAAUUAAAUGGUUGAUUAGCUACAUAAUGAAGCUGAAUUCAUUGCUCUUCAAAUAGGUUGUUUGAAUAUAAAUAUAUUAAAAUUUAGUGUGUCAACAGAUCUACAAUGAACUUAGUUCAACGCUUUUUAAGAAAAAAAAAUAUGUAUGCAUAGAUGUGCUCUGAAUCAACCGUAGCAUACAUCAGUUUAAGUUUAAUAACAGUUAACUUUUGUUUGCAUUGCUCACUAAUACUGUGUUGAAUUACUAUCCGCUUUGCCAGUUUUUUUUUUUUCCUUUUUGUUUUUUUUCUCCUUUUCCUGUGAUAGUCAUUCAACCAUCUUUUUGCUUGUGGGAGCACUGUGCCAACUUGUGUUAUCUUAUGGGUCAAGGAGGUCAUAUUCUGUGUGAUUUCAAGCAAGAGCGUCCAUUUUUAUUUAUUGUUUCCUUUUUUCUUUUCUUUUUUUGGAAUUGAUACUUGUGUACACUGUUACAGUCAACGUAAUUCUUUGUCCAAUUAAAAAUGCAGUUUUAUAUGUUUGUUUCUUUUUUUUUAUUGGAGUGGUGUUGGCUCAUGGAAAGUAGUUCAGAGUGAGCCAUGGAUCAUUAUUGAUUGGGGAGAUUUUAUGUUAGUUUUUUUGUUAUAUAGUUGGGGAACAAUGUUUCUUUACAGUGGUCAUUUCAAUUUAAGGUUGUAUAUAGUUUUAUUGCUUUCUGUUUAAACAAAAGAUCACUGAUAAUUGCAAGCUGCGCCAUGUAAUCCUCUUGUGGAUAACCAGUGUGUUUUGGGAAAAAGUAUAUUAUUGUUUUUGAAAAUGCAAAUUUAUUUGUACAUAGAUGGAAGCUGUUUGUCUCUUCUCUCCUUUGAACACUUUACUCUAUUUAAAGUAUUUCCUUAUGGGAGUUAAUUGCAGUUUUUGAGGGACCUAGCUACCAAAGAUAUGUUGCUCAGCUUCAUUUGAUGAAUAUGUUGGACUAAGUUUUUGUUCUAGGCCUUCCAUGAUUAUUAAAUAACCUUCUGACAUGAUUUUCAGCAGCACAUGUAAAAAGCCUUACUUGUCACUAAAUAUCUUGUGUCUCCCCCACUUGCUUGAAAUGAAUCUUUAUAAUCCAAUAA